AUGAACAAGAUCAUCGUCUACGAGCAUUCUCACUUCAAGGGCCUCAGCAGAGAGUUCACCUCCGAUGUCAGCAAUUUAGUUGCAGAAAAUUUUAACGACUGCGUCUCUUCUGUGAAAGUGAUCGGAAAUCCGUGGGUGGCGUACGAACAUUGCAAUUUUGAUGGCUCCUUUCAAGUCUUUGAAGAGGGUGAAUAUGGCACUGUGGGCAGCAAUGAUGUCAUUUCUUCACUACAGUUGGUGUCGGAGGAUCUGACUAAUCCUCAGAUCACCCUUUAUGAGCACGCACACUAUCAGGGCAGGCAGACGGUUCUCAGGAAUGAGACCAACUUGUGUCAUGGCAGUCUCAAUGAUGUUGCAUCUUCUCACAAGGUGCAGAGAGGAGCAUGGAUCCUUUAUGAGCAUGCAGAUAAAACUGGGCAUAGAAUGUUGGCCAGAUCCUCUAAGGAUGUGCCUGAUUAUGGCCACUUCAACGAUAAGCUUUCCUACGUGGUUCCUCUGAAGCCGGGAAAAAAAUGAUGAAGAGAAGAUCUAGACCAGCAGUAGUGUCCCUUACUGGUGUGGGGUGUUCACAUUCACUGGGCUUCUUGAGGGUACUGAGGCAGGCGAGGAUCCUGUGACAUGCUGAGACCAUCAUACUGCUGUUUUCUCUUCUAAUCUUCUUCUGAUGUGCUUUCAUUUUACUUAAUGCUAUCAGCUAAUUAAACCUUUGUGUGUGCUUUGUAUUUUAUU